AUGAACGGGGCGAACGGCACCAAGCGGCCGUAUCCUGGUGAGUCUGGACCCAUGCAGAAGGGUCAACAGGUCCUCUUCUUCUUCGAGUCCGAUGCCAGCGAAGUUGAGGCGUCCCUGCUCUUCUGCGGCACUCCGAAGAAUGCUCGGGCAGCAGGCAGCUUCCUCUUCGCAGCGUCGCACGCCUGGCUGCAUGGCACCUUGGAGCAGUCCUAUGACCCCAGCAAGCUGGAGCCGGAGCGCCAGGAGACCUGGCCCCUGGUGCAGCCCAAGGCUGAGUACAAGUUCGUGACCCGCCAGGGGCAGACCAAGCCUGCAGGUGGCCCUCGCCGGGUUCGUUGGUUGUGCUUCACCAAGAACCCGCCGUGCCAAGUCUCUUUGGUCUUCUUCCGAUGGAGCGGGGAGUACUCAAAGUGGAUGGACGAGCAGGAGGCCAACGAUGGCGACUGGGGUAAGUAUGGCUCUCCGCCCAGCGACGAAUACAUGGGCCAUGUGGUGGAGAAGGGCAUCAAGGUCCAUCCCCGCCUGAAGGAUGAUCAGGGGAUGCCACUCUAUGAGCUGCACCAUGUUUUUAUGGGCAGCUCACAGGACGCCUGCGUAGUCGCGCAGCAAACGCACAUCAUCCGUGCUGGCUUGAAAGCCCCCCGGCGCGCUGGCUUUUGGAUGCUGUGGCCUGCGGAGUGGGAGGAUUUUGGGGAUCCUGACUAUGCUUGCUACAUCGAGCGGCAUUCGAUGUUCGCCGCCAUGCGUGCCUGUGAG